ACCAUGAAGGCUCUGGGGGGCUGUCCUGGCACCAUGGAGGCUCUGGGGGGCUGUCCUAGCUCCAUGGGCCCUCAGGCCCCAUGAGCCGCGCUAAGCUCUGCCAGGACGCCCCGGGACAUGGUGUGUGGAGCUGUGCCGGCGCUGGGGGAGGAAGGCCGUGUGCUCAGCACGGAGUCUGGGUGUCUGAGCCUCCCGCUGCGGUUCUGCCCGUGCUGGCAGGCGGCCGCAGCUCGCUGUGCUGCAGACCUGCAUCCUCCCCGUCCCACUGUCUCCUCCCAGCUGUGGGCUCACAAGGAGUGGCAGCUGGGGGGAUAUAUAAAAGCAGGGGAACCUCAGCCAGCGCCAAAGAAACUCUUGGAGCUACUGGUGUUCUCCCUCCUCCCUCCUUUCAUGUGAUUCAGCUUCCCCACAGCAGGGGAGCCGAGGACAAGCCUCACUGUUCGAGAUGGCUGCCAGCAGCCUCCUCCUCCUCCUGCCCUGCCUGGUCACAGCCUUGCACAGCCCGCCCGGCUGCAAGAUCCGGAUUACCUCCAAGGGGCUGGACCUGGUGAAGCAGGAGGGGCUGCGCUUCGUGGAGCAGGAGCUGCAGAACAUCACGGUGUCGGACCUGCAGGGGAAGGAGGGGCAGUUCCACUACAACAUCAGCCAGGUCAAGGUGAUGGACCUGCAGCUGGCACUGUCCGACCUGCACUUCCAGCCUCAGCAGCACCUCGUCUUCAACAUCAGCGACGCCUCCAUCAGCCUGCGCUUCCGGAGGCAGCUGCUCUACUGGUUCUUCUAUGACAUCGGGUCCAUCAACGCCUCUGCGGAUGGUGUCCACAUCCACACUGUGCUGCAGCUGGCCAAGGACGAGGCUGGGCGCCUCAAGAUCUCCAACAUCUCCUGCAACGCCUCCAUCGCCAGAAUGCACGCAGGCUUCUCGGGCACCCUCAGGAAGGUCUAUGAGUUCCUGAGCACCUUAAUUGUCACAGGGAUGCGCUUUCUCCUCAGCCAGCAGAUCUGCCCUUCCCUGGAGCACGCCAGCCUGGUGCUGCUGAACUCUGUGCUGGACACGGUGCCGGUGAGGAACUACGUGGAUGAGCACAUCGGGAUUGACUACUCCCUGCUGCGGGAUCCAGCCAUCACCACAGACACCCUCGACCUGGACUUCAAGGGAAUGUUCUUCCCCCGCACACAAGCGGAGCAGGAGCUGGAGAACCAGGCCGUGGAGCCGGUGAUCAAGGAGACUGAGCGGAUGGUCUACGUCGCCUUCUCUGAGUACUUCUUCGACUCGGCCAUGCACGCCUACUUCCAGGAGGGUGUCCUGGCCAUGGAGCUCCAGGGAGAGAAGGUGCCCAAGGACCUGGAGGUUUUGCUGAGAGCCACCUUCUUUGGGACCAUCUUCAUGCUGAGCCCCGCCGUGGACGCUCCCCUGCGGCUGGUGCUGCAGGUCUCAGCUCCCCCUCGCUGCACCAUCAAACCCUCGGGCACCUCUGUCUCCGUCUCUGCCUUCCUCAACAUCUCACUGGUGCCCCCCGGCCGCCCCCCCAUCCAGCUCUCCAGCAUGGCCAUGGAAACCAAGCUGAGUGCCAGGGUGUAUCUGCAGGGGAAGGCUCUGCGUGUGCAGCUGGACCUGCGACGGUUUCGCAUCUACUCCAAGCAGUCUGCGCUGGAGUCGCUCGCGCUGUUCUCCCUGCAGGCCCCGCUGAAGACCCUGUUGCAGCUCACCAUCAUGCCCAUCAUUAACGAGAGGACUAAGAAGGGGGUGCAGAUCCCACUGCCAGAAGGCAUGGACUUCACCAGGGAGGUGGUGACCAACCACGCGGGAUUCCUCACGGUGGGAGCCGAUCUCCACUUCUCCAAGGGGCUGCGGGAGGUGAUUGAGAAAUACCGCGUGGCCCCCACCGCCCCUGCCUCCACCAGCCCCGGGCCUGCAGAGCCCAGCGGGGACCCCCACCCGCUCUAGCUGCCCGCCUCAUCACCCCGGACCCAGGGCAGAUGCCGGGCUGGACCCGUAGACUGUAGGUAGGAAGCAGCUUGUGCCCUGGGGGUAGCAGCAAGGCGGAGAGGGCUGCUCUGGGAAGCCCUGCUGCACCCCCUGCUCACACCAAUAAACCACUCACUCCACUCCAA